CGUCCUCUUCUUUCAUUCGUUAACACAAGGGACCAAUUGGAAACCCCUAUAACGUCAAUUUAUUCAGUGGGUCCCAUCCAAAAUUUUUUUUUUCCAACCAAUCACUUCUCUUCACUGUAUUAAGAGUUGCCCUAGACACGUGGUGUUUCUCCACCCAGCCACCGUGAUGCCGCUUUGAUUAUCGUCUGCGUUGUCUCUGGUAGAGAGUUUGUUAGUUUUGCUCUAGAGAAAAAGACAGAAACAGAGAGAGGAGAGAGCGGAGGUACGUGGAGGUAGACCAGGGAUGGAUGGUGGAGACGGGUGGCGCGUGAUUGCGUGCGCCGCUGGUGCUCAAGAAAAGACGAUAAUCAACAGAAUAAUGCUCAGAUUCCGACCGAUUGCGCCGAAACCAGCCUUCGACGGCUCUGGCGCCGGUGGCUGGAAGCCUGAGAACAAGAACGGUGUGGUUUCUGGAGUAAGAACGAAGAGAAAGUACGUUAGGGUUAAGAAGAAUAAUGAUAACGAUUAUUACAAGAGAAGAAGGAAGAAGAAAUCUACAGAUCUAGAGAAAGCUGUUAAAGAAGAUGAUCAAAACGAGAAGAUUUUCACGCGCCAGUUACUUCCAGAAAGAACUGAUCUAACGCCUGAUUUAUCUCAGGCGAGAGGAUCUUGCAGCAGUUUUGAUCUUACGGUAAGAAAAGAUAGCAUGCAAGAGAAAACAGAUCCACUAGUGUCGUUUGACUUAAGCAAACAAGUGCACGACGGUGAUCUUGGUCUUCGUGUUUCCGUUCCAGAUCGGACGGCGGUGAUGCCUGAGAAAAGAACAACAGAGACGUGGGUGAUGGUCGAGAGCGUGACAGACACGUGCAUGGAUUUGGUAGAAGGACUAGGGAGAACGGACGUGGAGAAAAUAAAGAAUCUGGAGAGGGACACGUGUCCUGGAUUUAUAUCGGACGGUUCAAAUAGAGUACAGUGGGUAAACGAAGCUUACAAAAAGAUGGUAACGGUGGGCUCGGAAUACAACAGCAGGGGGCAGUCAUCGUCUCCGGAGAUUACGGUACGGUUAGCGAUAAAAGAGAAAGUGUUGCCUUAUCUGCACUGCAAUGCGUUUACGUGCUGGGUUAGGUUACAGUACGCGUGGCAGAAGGAGAAUUAUUCACAGAUGGUACCAUGUGAUGUAUGGAAGACGGAGUGUGGAGGGUUUGCAUGGAGACUAGACGUUAAAGCAGCUCUGAGUUUGGGACUCUGACAAUGGAGAAAAAGAAACAAAAACAGAAACAAGAAAGAAAUAAAGUUUCAGGUAAAAUAAAAAUUCCUUGAUAAGCUGGAGAAGAAACUCCAUCUUUAAGUUAAGAUGAACGUAAGGUUUGUGUUUAUAUAUAUAUAUAUAUAUAUAUAUAUAUAAUAUGUAAGUAAGUAAAUAUCUGUAGGAGCAAGUAUAAACCAAGAAGGGAUGCGACCUGUAGUCUAUACAUAUUUAUAGAAGAAGAAGAAGAAGAAGAAGAAGAAGAACGACAAUUGCAUAAAAAUAUUUAAAAACAAAUUGAAAAGGGAAAAGAAGGAACAAGAAGAAGAAAUUAAUGAAUGUGUGAAGGAUUGAUUAGUUCAAAGAGGAGUAAGAAUCAAAGGGGGGGAUGAAUUGGUUGAUAACGUGCUUUGUGCUCUUCUUGCCACGCAGGAGGGGGGGGGGGGGGCGGGGGGGGGAUGAAGAGAACCUUCUAAAUGGCCUUACUUUUUUCCUUUUGCCCUAUCUUUUGGGGUUCCGCUCCAUUGAUUGCUAUGUGUAUCAAAAAUUGCUUAAUUGGAAUUCGGCAUUUGGCAUUACAAAAGCUUUUACUGCCAUCUAUUGUCGAGUGGUUAUCUUCUUUUGCAAAUAGUGAAAAAAGGCUUUUUUAAAUACCUAA